UCUUUUUAAGUAGCAUUUUUGAUAAAAUAAAUAAGUUAAGUAUCAAGGGUCAUAAAAAAAUAAGUUUUGUAGCACAUUUUGACCUAAAGUGAAUGAUAGUGACAUUUUGUCUUAUAUUGUCUUUACUCUCUCUCUCUUUCUCUUUCCACGGUUUCCUUCCACAGCCAAAAUUUCGAAAUUUUCGGCUUUCCAAGAAAAGUGGUCAAACAAGAAUCUUCCAUCUUGUCUUCACUGGUACACGGUAGCCCAAAAACCCUAGCCUCAUUCUCAAAUAAUUCUCUUCACCAUUCACGCCUUCUCUUCACCAUUCACGCCUCAUUCUCUUGAAUUAUACACGAAAACUAUCAUCAUUCACGCCUAAUUAUACACGAAUUCGUGCAUCUUUCUUCUCUUCAAUUCGUGCAUCUUUCCAUAUAAACAAUUAAGAACCGUGUACUCCAUACACCAUUGAAAAAAUAGAAGAACCGUGCACUCCAUACACCAUGAGCGAUAGUGAUACUCAAUCCGAUUACGAUGGGGAAGAGGCACAACAUAUACAACGUGGAAGUCGCCCGAGUACAUCGAGGAGGGAAAAAUACCCGACGCCGAAUCCGCCUCCGAGGCAUUCUUGGUUACGUCCGUGCAUGCAAGGUUAUGCCGGACGAAUCAAUCACUAUGUAAAGGACACGACACUGAAGGAAGUGGAGACCUGUCUGACGCACUACCAGCGUUUAGAACAAUUUAAGAAAGGUCCGUUUGGGCAUUUACUUCAGUUGAAGAGGCAGGAUAGUGCGAAUGCCGCACUGCACCAUCUUCUUGCACGGGAGUUGUAUGACGAAGCAUUCGGUCCGUGGGAGAAGUGGUUCCACGUUGGUGGACACGACAUUCGAUUCGGCGCAGUGGAGUAUUGUUUGGUGACGGGGUUGUGUUUCGGGCCAUCCCCGCAGCGUUUUGAUCCUAAUGUGGAUCACCGUGUUGGGAAGCAGAGUCUAUGGCACGGAGUUUUGAAAGGCAAGAAGGUGGAAGUGAAGGAUCUGCGGAAGCGGUUCGUUAACCGCAGUCUGGGCAACAAUGCCCAGGAUUAUUUGAAGGCGGCCAAUAUUCUCGUGGCGUAUGAUCUCCUCUUCUGUCGGGAUUAUAAAUACGUGCACGAUUGGGUGUGGGCACUGGUAGAGGAAGAUCAGAAAUGGUCCGACUUCCCGUGGGGCUCUUACUCAUUCCAGGUUUUGUGUCAUGGGAUGAGUGUGUUGAAGAAGCAUCCCAACGAGAUUACCGGUAAUAGGAAGACGUACCACUUCUAUGGGCCCAUAUGGGCAUUACAGAUUUGGUCGUACGAGGCCAUUCCGAGGUUGGGCCGCGCGUGUGGGAUGCGUGACCCGAGGUUUCAGAUGCCACGAUUGGUGAACUGGACGACUUGGAAGUCGGCUUCUGACUUCACCCACUUUUUUGAUGCUCAUGAGGCCGAGUGUCACCGGACACUCGAACCGGUCGAGGAGGAGAAUGAUUCAUGGUAUUUGCAGACCCUGAGGCAUCCAGAGCCUUUUUCUGUACGAUACCAUCCUGGAGGGAAAUAUGCCGGCUUGACAGAGCCAGUUGUACCGGAGCCGCCUCCUCCUGUUAGGCCUCCCCCUGUGCAGAGGAGUAUCUCACGAGCAGAGAUGACUCGUGAGAAGCAGCCUGUCCCUGUCCCGAGGAGUAGCUCACGAGCAGAGAGGGCUCGUGAGAAGCAGCCUGUCCAUGUUGAGCGGCAUAGACAGACGUAUGUUGAUCCGACUGGUAGCCCAUCGAAGCGGCCCAGGCCGCAGGAGUUCGAUGAUUCAGUGCCUCGAGCAGAUCCAGAUGCUGAUUAUUGGAGGCGACGUGAUGAGGACUUGAUUGCCCGUGUCACUGAGAGCGUGACACGGGAGCAGAUCCGGACCGUGAUCCCUGAGGUGCGGCGGGCGAUUGUAGACGACGACUCCGAGCAUGGACUGGUUGCCAAAAUUACACGGAAGGUCGUGGCCGCUGUGAAGGAUAUAUUCGGUGGGCGAUCUUCUUCGAGAAAGCAUAGAUCAUCAUCCAGCCAUGCCAGUCGUCAUAGACACAUUAGUGAGGAGUUGGACCAGCCGAUACCCAGUCACAGACGGUCUACAUCUCACAUUCCUAGUCCUGGGCAUCGGGGUCAUGAGGAUCCGCCUCAUGUGAGCCAUAGGCACUCAGUUGGAGACCUAGAUCGGCAGCAUCGGGGUCACAGUCGAUCACAGCAUGGAGAUGAUCCACCCCAUGCGAGUCAGCGGCGAUCUGCCUCACGUCACAGUGAGAGGGAGGCAUCUAUGAGGCGAUCAGCCUCACAUCGUGGUGAGAGGCAGACAUCUUUGAGGCGAUCUGCCUCACGUCACAGUGAGAGGUCAGCUCGUCAGCGGAGUCCAGUGACGCCUAUGCAUGUAGAGGGAGAUGACGAUGUCCAGUUCAACUGGACUACUGACGAGGAAGAGGCCCAGGAUGUAGGGCGGCCACGACGCCCGAUUAAGCCGUCUGCUCUUCUACAGAGUCCGUAUGUGACCGAUGGCCCACUUGACACUCCUACGGCAAAGAAGGUUGCUUUCCGCAGAUUUAGAGAGAUGGGCGACGAUGCAUGUGUUGCUGUAGUGGAGACUGGAUAUAUCAUGACCCAGGGCUUUUUUGGGCGUAUUUUGGAUCGUCGGGCUGAGUUCGAUGCUGAGAUUAUAGACCUCUGGAUUUUGAAGCAAAAUCGAAGGAUCAGAGUCAACCAGGAAUAUAUAGUGCAUCGGGCUCGGACUCAACUCCAGCCGGGUAUUAGUCGAGUUAGAACUCCAGUGGCUGCAACCAUUUUAUAUGAUACCCUAUACAGAGAGUAUGGUAAGCUGCAUCCAGAGGAUCCCCAGGGGAAUCAUCCACAACCGCGAGAUGCAUACACACAUUGGAAUGUGCCCUACAAUCUCAUCACAAUGUUCCAGGGCACUGAUGCAGAUCAUACGUGGCAUUGGUUGGAGGCUAAUGAGAUUCUUACUAUUUGCAAUGUCAACGCGAGUCAUUGGUGCACUGUGGUCAUUUCUAUCGAACGAUGGGAGGUUCAAGUGUAUGAUUCUCUGUCACAUGUUGAAGGGAUCACACAACGUCGACAAGCUUCAAUGAGGAAAAAGGAUGGCACAUUGCGAAUGUGCAUAGACUAUAGAGAACUGAACAAAGUGACACUCAAGAACAAAUAUCCUUUACCAAGGAUAGAUGACCUCUUCGACCAGCUCAAGGGAGCAAGCGUGUUCUCGAAGAUUGAUUUGCGGUCUGGUUAUCACCAGCUGAAGAUUCGACCAGAAGACGUACCUAAGACGGCGUUUCGAACUAGGUAUGGCCACUACGAAUUUGUAGUUGUGCCAUUCGGGCUAACCAACGCGCCAGCCGUGUUCAUGGACCUCAUGAAUCGAGUGUUCCAUCCGUACUUAGACAAAUUUGUCUUGGUAUUCAUAGAUGACAUCCUGAUCUACUCGAAGAACGAGAAAGACCAUGAGGAACAUCUGAGAAUUGUCCUAGAAAUGUUGAGGACGGAGCGCCUUUAUGCCAAAUUUAGCAAGUGCGAGUUUUGGCUCAGCGAAGUCACAUUUUUAGGCCAUAUUGUGUCGUCAGAAGGGAUUAAAGUGGACCCUGAGAAAGUGCAAGCAGUGCGCGAAUGGAGACCACCUACUAACCCUAAUGAGAUAAGAAGUUUCUUAGGAUUGGCAGGUUACUACCGGAGGUUCAUAGAGGGAUUUUCCAAAAUCGCAAGGCCAAUGACGCAACUACUCAGGAAGGGGGUAAAAUUUUCUUGGACAGAUGAGUGCGAGAAGAGCUUCCAAGAACUCAAGGAAAAGUUAACUACGGCACCAGUGUUAGCCGUUCCAACAGCUGACAAGGAAUACAUGAUCUACACAGACGCGUCCAAAAAUGGACUUGGUUGCGUGCUGAUGCAAGAAGGAAGAGUGAUAGCAUAUGCGUCGCGACAGCUUAGACCACAUGAACUGAACUAUCCGACCCAUGAUCUAGAAUUGGCUGCAGUGGUACACGCAUUGAAGAUUUCGAGACAUCACCUAUAUGGAGUUAGGUGCGAGAUAUUCACGGACCACAAAAGCCUGAAAUACUUUUUCGAGCAAAAGGACCUUAAUAUGAGACAAAGGAGGUGGCUCGAACUAGUAAAAGAUUAUGACUGCGGUAUUAACUACCACCCAGGCAAGGCCAACGUAGUGGCUGAUGCA